UCGGAGCUGGACGCCCUCGCCUUCGCCCGCGACGGCGGAGCCUCCCAACUUCUGCUUCCCUUCUGAGACAGAGCGGGCUGCCGGCUUGGAAAGUUACUACCCUCUCGCUGCUGUUGAGUUGAGGAGGAAAGGCGGAGAAAGGGGAAGCGGGAGAAGCAAGGAAGCCAAAGGGAGCGGCUGCUUCUCCUUCAAGGAGCCUGCCUUCGCGGGGAGGCGGGAUGGAGACCCCCUCUCUCGCCGCCGCUGCCGACGCCUCCUCCUGCCGCCGCCGCUCGCCGCUUCUGACGGGGCUCCUCCGGCUAUGGCUCCUCCUCGGGGCCCUUUGCCUGCGGCCAGGACUUGGAUUGUACAAAGUAAACACAAUAUAUGGAGAUACAAUCAUUUUGCCUUGCCAUUUAGAAGUUCCUAAUGACCUUAUGUUUGGAAAAUGGAAAUACGAAAUUGCAAACAAGCCUUCAGAGUUUAUUGCCUUCAGAUCUGCAACCAAAAAAAAUGUACAGUAUGAUGAUGUACCAGAAUACAAAGACCGAUUAAGUCUCUCUGAAAAUUACACCCUAUCAAUUAAUAAUGCAAGAAUUGGUGAUGAAAAGAAAUUCGUAUGUAUGCUUGUAACAGAGGACAAUGUCUUUGAACAGGCUACAAUAGUCAAGGUGUUCAAACAGCCAUCACAACCUGAAAUCAUAAGCCAAGCAGAGUAUUUAGAAACAGAACAGUUAAAAAUGCUUGGGCAAUGUAUUGCAAAAGAUGGUUAUCCAGAGGGAAACCUGACAUGGUUCAAGAAUGGAAUUGUUCUUCAGCCUGUUGAAGAAAAUAAAGUCGCUCGGAUACGCUCUGAGUUGGAUGCCAGUGUUACUGCAAUGCCAGCUAUUGUCAUCCAUGAACAAACUAAUGUGGAUCAAGCAAGUGGACUCUACACUGUGAUAUCGUCACUAGAAUAUAAGCCAACAAAAGAUGAUACUGAUGCACAGUUCACUUGUACAGUGACAUACUUUGCACCCACAGGACAAGAAACAAUGCGAUCAGAGUCAGCAGUUUUUGAAAUUCAUUAUCCUACAGAGAAGGUCAAAAUUCAAGUGCUUUCGCAAAGGAAUAGUAUUAAAGAAGGUGAUAACAUUACCCUAAAAUGUUCAGGAAAUGGUAACCCUCCACCUCAGGAGUUUUUGUUUUACAUUCCUGGAGAACCAGAACCUAUAAGAAGUUCAAGUUUGUAUGCCUUGAUAGAUGUAAGAAGAAACGCAACAGGGGAAUACAGGUGUGCACUGACAGAUGAAAGUUUGAUGGACUCCACUAUAAUUACAGUACAUUAUUUGGAUUUGUCACUAACUCCCAGUGGAGAAGUUAUUAAGCAGAUUGGAGAAGCACUACCUGUAUCUUGUACAAUCUCUUCCAGUAGAAAUGCCACUGUAUUCUGGUUGAAGGACAAUACCAGAAUGCGCUCAAGUCCAUCUUUUUCAAGUUUGCAGUACCAAGAUGCUGGAAAUUACAUCUGUGAAACUACUUUGCAGGAGGUUGAAGGAUUAAAGAAAAGGCAAAUACUUACACUGAUAGUACAAGGAAAACCUCAGAUCAAAAUGACAAAGAAAACCAGCACAGAUGGAUCAUACAAAACUAUAUCCUGUCAUGUGGAGGGAUUUCCCAAACCAGCAGUACAAUGGACUAGCAGUGGAGGUGUCAUAAAUAAAGCAAAAGAGACUAAAUACAUGAAUGGAAAGUUUGUUAGUAAAAUCAAGAUCGCACCUGAGGAAAAUGUAACACUAACAUGUAUUGCAGAAAAUCAACUAGAAAGAACUGUAAAUUCUUUGAAUGUAUCUGCUAUAAGUAUUCCAGAAUCUGAUGAACCAGAAGAAAAAAGUGAUGAUAAUAUGGAAAAUGUUAAUGACCAGGCAAAACUAAUAGUAGGAAUCGUGGUUGGUCUUCUUCUAGCAGCAUUGGUUGCUGGUGUUGCUUACUGGCUAUAUGUGAAGAAAUCAAAGGAUGUCAACGGAGAGUCUGAGAAGGAGGCAGCACAGAACAUUCAAACCCUCCCGAGGUCAGCCUCAAAACAUGUAGAUAAAGACCUUGGAAAUAUAGAAGAAAAUAAAAAGUUAGAAGAAAACAAUCACAAAUCUGAAGCUUGAGAUGGAGAAUAAGUCAGUCACCAUUCCAGAGAACAAACAUAGACCAACCGAAGCAUGAACAUGGAUUGUAUUUAAGAUAUAUAUGAAGAUGUGACGGCUAUUCAUGGUUCAAGUAUUUACACAGACCAUUCUAUCAAGUUUUCAAAAGAAUUGACACAAUUAUCUCAAGCUUUCAAGAAUAUCAGCAAAACUAAUUUUGGCAGCAGCCAUGUUGAUAGGUCACAAAUUUGUGUUCCGUUUUGAAUAUAUAUUUUUUUUGUAAAUGUCUGCACUGAAGAUUUCUUUUGGUUUGCCUUUAUGUAAAUUUUUUACGUAGCUAUUUUUAUACACUGUAAGGCUUUGUUCUGGGAGUCGCUGGUAAUCUGAUGUAUACUGUAAUGUUUUUUAUUUCCAUUGGUUUUCGCACCCCUUCCAGAGGUACAUUUCUAUUUCUGAUUGCUAUCAGUAAAGCUCCUACUUUGCACAGCAAGUAUUUAAUUUAUAAGAUUGCCUUAUUGGAAAAUGAGACAGUUCUUUCUCUGUUUUUGAAACACCACUAAAAAGGGGGAAGAAUGCAUCUUUUAAAAGGGAGGGCAAAUUAAAUAGUUCAUAAAUAACAAUAAUCCCAAUCACCUAUAAAUGACCUGUAUAUAAUUGCCAGGAGUAGAAUCAGGUAUUAAGCAAGAUUCAUGUUGUCAUGUAUACAGAUGUCUACUAAUAAGUCUUUUUUUAGACAGGAAAAUCUUUUUAUUGAUGGCAUUCUGGGAAAUUAAUUGUUCUUGCAGUUCCAUGAUAUAUAGUGUGAAUGACUGAAAUUAAGAAUUAGUUCUGAAAUAUUUUUGUUAUCCACUGCCUUAAAAAUUAUCUUUCUUUUUGAUUUUAAAAAAAUCGGAAUUGGAGGUUUGUGUAUUUUUUUUUGAAGUGGUCAUAUCAAAGCUGCAUUUUUCCACAAAAUAGAAUAUAUAUUUUUGUGUGUGUGCGUUUUUGUUAACUACACUACAGAUAUUGCACCUUGAGAUAAUUUUAGUGUUUUUAACUGGUACAUAAUUUAUCGGAAAGUACAUGAAAGUGUAACAAUGAAAUUAAAUCUAUGUAUCUUUAGUUACAUUCAAGAUUGUAACUUUAUAAACCUGUUUUAUGCUUGAGAAUUUUUUAGAAGGUUAGCCUAAAAAGAAACAUUUGGAUAGAUCAGGGCAAAUAGACAGCAGUAUUUAGCAAUGUGUCCUCUUUAGCAGAAGACUAGCAUCUGAGAGAAUGUAAUAGAUAAUUUUGAUAACGGCAGGAAGAUGUUAUUAGAAUAAGCAUCAGAUUUCUGUUUACAGAUUUAUGAGUCAGGAAAACAGGAAGAUUGUGGGGAGUUAAGUGGAAGGCAAAUGAAGAUGGAACUUGUGAAAUGUAUUUGCCACUUACGGGGGGGAAACACUGUUGUACAUUUGUAAAAUGUUAAAUGUCUGGGCAAUAGUGACUGAUGUCUUAAAUAAAAGCUUCCUGUAGUGUAUUGGCAUGGAUGAAAUAUAUGACAUGUCCUAGAAAUUGAAUACUGUAUAAAAUAUGACAAAACAACCCUGUUAAAAGUCCUCUCCACAUGGGUUAAGGCUUUAUUUGGCAAGGGAACAAAAUAGUAAUCAUGGUCUAUGUUUAAACCAAAGUUUAAAGGGGGAUAAAACCAAAGUCUUUUGUUUUGCAUGGCUAAGCCAUUUAUGAUAUCUUUGUAAAUAAUGUGAUUUUUUCUUUUUCCUCUUUUUUCUUUUUUUAGAAUUUUGGUUUUUUUAUCUAAAAUUUUUAAGCACCUGUUUUCCAAAAUAAAAUGUGAACACACACAAAAAGAGAUUAUAAUUUGUUUUGGUGUGAAGGCAUCACAGCUUAUAUGAUAUUGAAUUGAAAUGAAGAAAGAAGAGGGGCAGAAUUUACAAUGCAACAUCAUGCCUUUGAAUUAAAUAAAAUACAAGCAUACCAAACUUUCCAUUAAGGAAAUGAAGGUCUGUUUAAACACAAAACCUAUACUGUUGGUCAGAGAUGAAACAAGAUUGGGCAGAAAUGAAAGUGCUUAACUUCUGCAUCCAGUGUCAUCAUGGAAACGGAAUAAAACUCUUUCACCUUUUGAAGUUUUACUGACCAUCUUAUGUAAUUCUUGGAAGUGUUUUCUUCACUGUUCAAAGUUCACAUCAGACAUGUUUCGGGAAUCAAAAAUACAAAUUAAUUGUUGCCAUUCAUGCCUGGAAGACAAUAAAGUGAAGUAUGUUUUCA